AUGACAUACACAAGACAACAAAAACAGGCAUUGAUUAGUCACUUGAAGCUAGAACGUUCCAGAAUAGCAAAGCAAAACGAAGAGGUGCUUAACAAAGCGACUCAACAAACUUAUCAGAAGGUUAUAAGGCGAUUAAACAGGGUCAGUGUGUCGUUACGUCAGGUUACGUUAAAAGAUGUGCUUCAAGUAGAAAUGCGGAAGAAAUUAGAAGCCAGGAGUUUAAUAAGAGACAUUCAGGAGUUGAAAAAAAACGUGCUUAAACAAAAGUUGGCAUAG